AUGGUUAUCAACAUCAUUCAACAUUACAGUUUUGCAGCCAUGGGUGAGUACUUGACGAAGAGGGUCCGGGAAAAGAUGUUGUCAAAGAUACUCUCCUUUGAAAUCGGGUGGUUAGAUCAGGAUGAAAAUGCAACAGGAGCCAUAUGUUCGAGGCUUGCUAAAGAUGCAAGUGUGGUGAGAUCUUUGGUGGGUGAUCGAUGCGCACUUCUGAUUCAGACGUCCUCUGCUGUAACAGUUGCUUUCACAUUGGGAUUGGUGAUCUCGUGGAGACUAGCGUUAGUUAUGAUUGUUGUUCAACCGAUUGUAAUUAUGUGCUUCUAUAGCAAACGAGUUUUGUUAAAGAACAUGUCACAAAUAGCCAUGAAAGCACAAGAAAAAAGUAGCAAGCUCGCAGCCGAAGCUGUCUCGAAUCUGCGCACUGUCACUGCCUUUUCAUCACAAACACGAAUCCUCAAAAUGCUCCAAGAGACCCAAAAAGCACCAAUACGUGAAAGCAUCAGGCAAGCUUGGUAUGCUGGAUUUGGGCUUGCCUUUUCUCAAAGCCUUAUGCCAUGUAUAUGGGCUCUAGACUUUUGGUACGCUGGGAUAUUAAUCCGUGAUGGUCAACUUGGCGACAAAGCACUUUUCCAGACAUAUAUUAUCUUAGUGAACACCGGCAAGGUGAUUGCGGAUGCCGGGACCAUGACAAACGAUUUAGCCAAAGGGACUGAUGCGGUGCAGUCUGUGUUUGCGGUUUUGGAUCGUAACUCCUUAAUAGAGCCUGAAGAUCUUGAUGGUGAGAAGCCUGAGAUCAUUACAGGCCACGUAGAGAUACACGAUGUGGACUUUGCAUAUCCUUCUCGGCCUGACAUCAUGAUCUUUAGAGGAUUCUCAAUUGAUAUUGAGGCCGGGAAAUCAAUUGCAUUGGUGGGACAAAGUGGGUCUGGGAAAUCGACAAUUAUUGGGUUAAUCGAGCGUUUUUACGACCCAAUGAAAGGAGUUGUGAAAGUGGAUGGAAGAGAUAUAAGGUUGUACCAUUUAAGAACUUUGAGGAAAUAUAUCGCACUUGUGAACCAAGAGCCCGCGUUAUUUGCUGGUACUAUACGUGAAAACAUCAUAUACGGGGCUUCCGGGGAAGUUAAUGAAUCAGAGGUCAUCGAGGCUGCCAAAGCAGCCAAUGCUCAUGAUUUCAUAGCGGUUUUGAAAGAUGGAUAUGCCACGCAAUGCAGUGACCGAGGGGUACAACUCUCAGGAGGACAAAAACAACGUGUUGCAAUCGCCCGUGCCAUAUUGAAAAACCCAACAAUUUUGUUACUAGAUGAAGCCACAAGUGCAUUAGAUAGUCAAUCAGAGAAAGUAGUACAAGAUGCAUUGGAGCGAAUGAUGGUGGGGAGGACUAGUGUGGUGGUGGCCCACCGCUUGAGUACCAUACAAAGUUGUAACACAAUCGCGGUUUUGGAGAAAGGGAAGGUGGUCGAGAAAGGGAACCAUAGUUCGUUGUUAGCGAAAGGGUUGAGUGGAGCUUACUACUCGUUGGUUAGUCUUCAAGAGCCUAAUUCUCCUUAA